AUGAGACAAGAGACGAUUCUGAGAAAAGCUGGCGAGCUCUCCACUCUCUGCGAUAACCUAAUUUGCGUUAUCCAUUACGAUCGUCUCGGUAACCUCGUGAAAACUUGGCCCGAAGAUGAGUCCCAAGUCCAAGUCAUCGCCGAAAGAUAUAGCAAACUCACCCACGAAGAGAAACAAAAGAAGAGCACCAAUCUUUCUAAGUUCUGUAACAAGAAGAUGCACGACGAGAAGAAGAGAUUUCCAAUUAAAUUCUCACAGAAAGUCCAAGAACUCGAAGGUUCCUUGGUGGGUAAGUUACCGCUAUUACAAGACAUACUUCUUCGUGAAGAUCAGAGCAUUAUGUCCGAACAAAACCACAACUUUCCCAAUUAUUCUUCUGUUCCUGAUCAUCAACAACAGAGUGAAUCAGCAACAAGUACCGAGCAAGACAUGAGUCGUGGUGAUGUUUACGACUCUGCCGCAGCAACUGAUCAGUUGUUGAAUCAUCAGAGUAAAUAUUCAAUCUUUCUGUUUAACCAUGAAAACGCUAGUUUUACUCAAUUGCCUCACUCUGUCUCCUCAAGCCUUCAGCAAACCUAUUACAACAAUCUCAGUGACAACAGGGCUUUGCUUGGGGGACAAGGCUUCAACUUUGGCUUUGGCAACAACAAUGUCAGUACUGCUUUACCUGAGGAGCAAGUUAACUUUGGAUACUACAACAACAGUCUCAACUUUGGGUAUGACUUCAACAAUCUUUGUACAUGA